AAACCUGUGGUGAAUCGUCCAAUUUUCUUCAACGGUUCAAGCCUGGUGGUUUAGCCUCAGUCUGUCAAACACCUGCUUAUAAAGACGCAGACAAAUCCUCUGAUCACUCUCCUGGCUGCUUCUACCUCUGCAGGACACACAGAGAUUGACAGCACAAUCAGCAGAGUUUCCCACCCAGUCUAACAAGCCUAGACGAUGGAGGGGCGAAUCGGGCAGCUUGUCUUCUACUUCCUGUCCUGGACCCUUCACUUCCUGUCCCGCCCCGCCCUCCCGGAAGCCUGCACCACUGGCACGGCCGCCGAGUGCAGAGAAGCCGACUUCGUGCCAGGGUACAACCUGGCGGGAGAAGGCUUCGACAUCGUGAAGAUGGAACGCAAGGGCGCUUACGUCAUCGAUGUCAACUCCUGGAAGAGGAAAGACAGGACCUGCACCCUUUGCAAGAACCCCUUUCUGGAGAACGUGGCUCAGAAGCUGCCCCUGUCCGUGGUGGACUGGCGGGCCCUGUCCCACUGCAAGAUGAAGGUCUCCAGCACCGUCUAUGACUCCAGCGAGUCCCUGGUGAACGACAGCGCGUCCAGCGUGGAGAACAACUGGAAGGUAGGGCUGGAUAUCAACGCCAACCCGAAAUUCCAGGCUUCCAUGAUGCUGGCUGGCACCAAGUCCAACCUGGCGCGGUAUUCGAUGGAGAAAACCAAGAAGGACAAGUUCAGCUUCGCAAGUCACGAGAUUCACUGCACCCAUUACAGUUACAGGAUAGUGGAUUUUCCUCAGCUUCAUACAGAAUUUUCCAAGUCCAUCAAGAGCCUUCCCAAGACCUACGACAAGGACACCCGAGCGAGCUACCGCGGUCUGAUCGACACUUACGGGACUCACUUCAUCAAGCAAGUGCAGCUGGGGGGGAAGGUGAUGAGCACCACCUCCAUCCGAACCUGCGAGGCGUCCCUGAAAGGACUCUCCGAAACCGAGGUGAAGGACUGCCUGGACUUCGAAGCCUCCACCACCAUCGGGCAGGCUGCCAACGUCAAGACCGAAGCCCACCACUGCAAGAAGGACCAGAAGAAGCUGGGGACCGCCAAGAACUUCCACAGCCUGUUCAGUGAUCGCCACUUGGAGGUCACUGGUGGGCAGGUGAGCAAUGCGGAUCUUCUCUUUUCCGGGGAUACGGACCCCGCAGCUUAUCAGCAGUGGAUGGAGAGCUUAAAGACCACCCCAGGUGUUAUUUUCUACUCCUUGCUCCCAAUUCACAACCUGGUCCGCUUCAAGGGCCCUAAGAAGGAAAAUCUGAAGCAGGCUUUGCAGGACUACAUCCUGGAGAACGCUCUUUUAAAGACCUGCUCCGGCCAUUGCAAAGGCGGUUCCUCUCCUAGCGCCAGGGACUCCUGUUCCUGCGUCUGCCAAGAGAGCUCUGACAUUAACAGUCAGUGUUGUCCGACACAACCGGGGCUGGCCAAGCUGAUCGUGGUGGUAACCAAAGCCACAGGAUUGUGGGGCGACACGACCACAAAAACCGACGCCUUUGUCAAAGUUUCCUACAAGAGCAAAACGGUGCAGACCAACGUGAUCUACAACAACGACAACCCGGUCUGGGGAGUCAGUUUUGAUUUCGGGCCAGUGACGUUGUCUCUGGCGGAAGAGCUGAAGUUCGAAGUGUGGGACGAAGAUAACGUGUGGUACAAGCGAUGGAACGACCUCCUGGGGAGGUGUUCCAUCAAACCUCGAAGGGGAUCCAACUUAAGCGAGAUGUGCGCCCUCAAUCACGGGAACCUCUUCUUCUCCUACACCCUGGAGUGCGGACCCAGCUUGGGCGGCCCGACCUGCGGGGAGUACGUGCCCUCGCCCAUGAGCGCCGAGCUGAUGAAGAGGUUCGUGUCCAGGAACGCCGUGCCCCUCCCUCGCAGCUUGGUGGCAGAGAUGAUGAAGGGCUACUCCGGGCUGGACCCUUCGAGCGCCAGCGGCAACCGCAGCAGGGAAGAGUAGCCAGCCUGGAAGGAACCAGAGUCGGGUCAACCCAGUUUGAGAGUCAUGCUUGCAGGCUUUGCUUACGGCUAGUUUAUGAGGAUUGAAGAAACUACCCCUGGUUAGUAAAUGUAUUGGCUGAUCAGUGAUUGACGCAAGACAGACUCUCCCCACUCCUCCCCUCCCCGAAGUGACUUUUACUUUAAAAGCCACGCAAACCAAAGCUGUAAAAUUUCCAUACUUAGAUUUUCAUUAGAAAAAGCAUUAUUAUCUCUAACUCAUUCUAGCAGUGUUAUAAUGCUUCCCCCACUAUAUAGGGUGCUAACUGCAAAAUGCUCAAACGUCAGCUAGAGAAACAUUUCAGCUAGCACCUUCUUAUAUGUAGCAAUUGCUCCACAGAACGGGACACAAAACCAACCGGGUCUGUUUCUCCUCAUCGCGCUACAGCGGACCCUGCGUCAGAGAGGACACCUGCAGUGCUGGCCGCUGUCCACCAGAGACUGGUAGCACGCCGACAUCCACUAUGGAGCUCCUGGGUGUGGAAGAGGAAGCUGGCUGGGUUCGCUUGAUUUGUUUCUUUGUAUGUUUAAAAAGAAAAUUGCAAAGCGCUUUUAGCAAUAAAGAUGCACA